AUGUCUCUUACUCAAGUAUUACCCGGAUUGAAUAUUUUGGCUGCUCCAGGAACUCACAAAUUACAAGCGUUUCUGGAUGUGUAUCGUCAUAUUUCUACAUUUGACAUCAAAUGGGAUACCAACUUAAUUGCCAUUUCUGAUGCAUCACUCGCACAAAUUCAAGAUCUUAUUCGACGUAAAUCAGAUUAUCCAAAGGUACAAACAGCAUUGUGA